AUUAUUUACGAAUCAAUGAAAAUGAAAACCUACUCGUCGCUGUCAAUACUUUGAACUGUCAAAACAAAAUUUAUUGUAAUCGGAGAACUGAGAAGAUUGAGAGGCGUUAACCGAGAGAGUAUCCCUAAAAAAAUCCCUGUUCGACAAAAUGAUUCGCUUCAUUUUAAUUCAAAACCGUGCGGGUAAGACGCGUCUAGCGAAGUGGUACAUGAAUUUCGAUGAUGAUGAAAAACAGAAGCUUAUUGAAGAAGUACACGCCGUAGUCACAGUCAGGGACGCGAAGCACACCAACUUUGUUGAGUUCCGAAACUUCAAGAUAGUGUACCGGCGGUACGCGGGGCUGUACUUCUGCAUAUGCGUGGACGUGAACGACAACAACCUGUGCUACCUGGAGGCCAUCCACAACUUCGUGGAGGUCCUCAACGAGUACUUCCACAAUGUCUGCGAGCUGGACCUUGUUUUUAACUUCUACAAGGUGUACACAGUAGUGGACGAGAUGUUCCUGGCGGGAGAGAUCCGGGAAACCUCACAAACCAAGGUCCUCAAGCAGCUGCUCAUGCUCAAUUCCCUCGAGUAAUGCGUCUCUACGUCUCCCACGUGAGUGCAGCCUCCAGUCAUUCAGGUUGAAUCACGAAUGCUGGCACCAAUGGAAUGAACGAAACUUUAAUUGUAUAAGUGACACCUGUGAGGCAAUUUUCUCGCGCGUAUGCUUACUCUGUGUGGACCGCUAUUCCCUUCUUUAACACCAGCAGUACAACUACUGAAAUAAAUUGAUUCUUAUUGUGUAUUAAUAUAUGAAAUAUAUGAUCUGUAAUAUUACACUAGGUGUAUGAAGAUAAUUAUUAGAAAAUUAGCUUAUGUUAAAGUGUAUAAGUAUGAGUAUUUAUAUCUAUUUUAUUAAUUUUUAAUACUCAUUCCAUUUCUUAGGAUCUUGUAUGUACUAUUGGCUCUGUAGUAGCUUAUAGUAUUUAAUUGGUGAGGAUUUAAAACUUGGGCAAUAAUUUAAACACUUUUUUCAUAGUAACGGUUGAUAAGUUUAUUAUGGAAAGCAGUUAUAUGUAACAUUAUCUGAACGUGUAUGAAGACAUUAUGGAAUAAUAAAUAACUUAGCUUCAUGUUAAGUAACACAUUUCAAUAUAGUGUAUCUGUAUAUAAAAGAUUGUAUCAAUAAGUGUUGUAUGUUUCCGUAGAGAAAUAUCAUCAUAUGAAAGAGUAAAAAUAAAUCACAUUUAUGACAAAA